UCUUCCCUUCUUGCCCCUACUCCACUCCAAGCUGCCGCUCCCCAAAACCCUCUCCCCUCCAGAAGCAGCGGGGCGGAGAGAAGCCACCAGGGAUUCGGCGGCGUGGCGUUCCUCCUCCACGAGCCAUGGAUAUUGCAAGACGUCGGCACUGGGGAGUUCUAGUGAGACCUGGUGAGACAGUGAAGUGUAACCCAGGAGAGUUGUAUUGUCAUAUUUCACAGAUAGCACUGCAGGAUGACAAGGGGAAUGAGGAUGUCAGAGUUUUUGUGAAAGUUGAUGGAAAUAGAAUUCCAAUUGGCACACUGUCGGUUGACAAAUACCCUCAGUGUAAAAUUGGUUUGGUAUUUGAGAAGGAGUUUGAGUUACUGCACAGCUCAAAAACAAGCAACAUCUCUGCUCUUGGUUUCACAUUUAGGGAGCACAAGAUAAAAUCUUAUUCAGACACUAGUACUGACGAAGAUGAUGACUCUGAUGAGGAGGUUCCAUUGGCUAUUCCACUAUAUCCCAAUGCAGAUGAUGAUAAAAGCAAAGAAACUGAAAAUGGUGCAGAGAAGCCUGCUGCUACUCAGUUCUGUAAACUAAAAAAUGCCUGUGAUGUUGGUGGCGCUGACGAUGAUGACAGUGAUGAAAACGCUGUUGAUUCUGCAGAGGUUGAAUCUGGUGAUGAUGAGGAUUCCAAUGAUCAGGAUGGUAGCGAGAGUUCAGAUGAAGUUGGUGAAGCUCUGAAGAAUGCUACAGGCAAGAUUAGGCCAGCAGAAACACCCUUGAGGACACCAGUAGAGAAGAAGGCAAAGAUCGCAACACCUUCUAUGGGCAACAAAACUGGCAGUGGCAGUACCAACAGAAGUGGCUAUGUCCAUGUUGCAACCCCGUAUCCAUCAUCAAAGCAAGUGAAGAAGACACCUUCAUCAUCGACAGCUCUAAGCGAGCCACUGGCUAUUCAUGCAAGUCGUGCAGCAAGGCUUUCAACUCCUCGGUCUGGAUACUCACUGCAAGGUGAAGCAUAAUGCCCGUAAGUGACCUAAAGCAUUUCAUGGACUGGGUGUUAAAGGUUGGUGUUAGGUAACUGAAUUGUGGGACUGGAUAGCGAUGCAAAGUUCUGUCACUUGCGUAGACUGCGAAGGCAGCAUCAGAACAUAUGUCAAUCCUUUGGAACUUGUUAGUGCAAUGUUACGGUGCUGUUCUGUCUGCCAAGGCUCAGUUUUGUAGAUUGGCCGAUGAGAAUUCUAGGAGAAUGAGAGCUUAUUGAUAUUAUGGAACUUUGUGUAAUGUUACAGAGCUGUUCUAUCUGCGAGGGCUCAGAUUUUCUGUAGAUUGGAGUAUGAAAGCUGGUUUUGAACAA